UACAGUCGCGCUUGCUCACUGAUAUAGGCACUAGUAUCGAAUAAGGUCAAUACAUACGUAAAUUUUGGUACAGCAUUUAUUAUUAACACGCUGGGAAUACUGUAAACGGGAUGAUGUCGGAAUGUGGCAAACAUGGAGAGCACGCGGAGGGACGCACUUUUUGUGGCGGAUGCUCGUCGAGGACUCCCAUGCGUUCCGGAGGGCCGGAUUGACUUGCAAUAUGCUGUUAUGCCGCUUUUCCAUACCUUUGCUUCUAAGCUCGUUUUGGAAAGGUGAUAAACGGCUCAGCUGAUCCACUGGCAAGAAAGUAUCCCAAGACAUAGCUGUGAUUGCUUCGACACACCAGGCACUUCAAUGGAGGGCGGACUGUACGAUGAAGCAGGCGAUAUGCUGGAGAGCUACGUUCGACGCUCCUGCACUUCACGAAUGGCUCGCUACAGAAGGAGGUUCCGCGAAUUCUUUGCUCCCCACGGGCUCCACGGAACUGUCCGUAACCUGACCAGCGUUACAGGGGACAUCGAGAGUGAAGGAGAACACACUGACACUGACAACCGGUCACGUUGCAAGAAAGUGUUGGACUUUGUAGUUGGUCUCAAAUUAGAAGCUUUCUUUUUCUUCUACACUUUGGCAUACACAGUGCAGUAUGCCGCAAGUGCAAACCUUAUGGAAGCAAAAGCGUGUUAUCUCAUUUUAAACAAAACAGAGGAGAUAUGCAAGGAUUUAGAACACCACGACAAAGAAAUGAACGAGGUCCGCAACGUGUCUAAUUUGUACAUGCUCUAUGUGUCGCUUGUCGGGUUCUUACCCGGUGCUCUCGUCACUCUUCUCGUGGGCAGCUGGUGCGAUGCUUACGGCCGUUUUAAAGUUCCGAUGUGCGUUUCCAUCUUGGGAGUGAUGAUGAAAGUCUCCGGAAACCUCGUCACGGCUGUUUACGCGGAGGCUCCGGUGUACUACAACAUGAUCAGCGCUAUACCCGAAGGCAUCUUCGGCGGCCUCCCGGCUGUCUUGAUGUCGUCGUAUGUCUUGACGGCUGCUUCGUGCCCUCCGGACAAAAGAACGACAAAGUUUUUUCUCAUACAAAUCGCAUUUAUAUUGGCAUUCCCUAUGGGGCAGCUGGUCAGUGCAUUGACAUACCAGAAAUCUGGUUUGGUCCCUCUGUUUGCAGCAUCGUUGGGUCUUUUUGCCUUUUCGUUGCUCUGGACUGUGCUCGUGAUCAAGGAUGUGUCGUACCCCGAAGAAAGAUCGCCAGGCUCUCCUGGAGCGCAAAGCGGAAGCUCACGGCCUAAAAUCACUCGGGGAACGUUUCUGCAGCUCCUCACCAGGCGUCACUUCUUUGGCAGCUUGCGUGCCGUCCUCGCAAGAAGCACUGACGUCGAUAGGUUCCGCGUUCCUCUACUCGUACUAUCCGUUUUCCUCCUGGUGCUAAACAGCCAGACGUCUUUCAUCAGCUACUUCUACGCCAGGUCAAAGUUCCAGUGGACCUUCUCGAAGUACGUAAUCAUUUCUUCCGCGUUUUCUCUGGCCAGCGUCGUCGUUAUCACAGCUCUGCUGUUGCUGUUCUUGCGAUGGAUGCCUGCAAAUCAGGAAUACGGUCUCGCCAUGAUAGGACUAGCAGGGGUGGGCUUCCAGAACGCCCUGCAUGCCGCUUCUGGUUCGGUGGGCCAGCCUCUCUUCCUCCUGGGCCACGGCUUCGGCAUGCUGAGCAACAUAGCUCCCGCGUGCGUCAGAGCGCACGUGUCAAAAUUGUUGCCCGAGGACGAGCACGGUAGAGUGUUCUCCGUGAUGGCAACCUGCGAGGCACUGGCGCCUUUGCUUGGGAGGUUUGUCCUGUGGCACCUGUUUGGCGUUUCGAAGCACUUUUUUGCGGGGCUGUCUUUCGUGAUGUCGUUUGUACUGGUUCUCGUGCCGCUCGCUGUUCUGAUUUAUUUCUGGCGUAAAAGGAACAUGGAGUAUCACGUUGUGGCGGAAGAUUGUCACGCCGAUGAAGGAAGAACGUAACGGAGAAACUGUGGUGUCCUUGUAGGGGGAGCUAGUAAAGGCUGUGAUAAAUGGGGUGCUGUGGUAGUUAUCCUGCACAAAGAUGUUGCCGUCACAAUCUUUACAAACCUGCGAAACAGAACUAGAACUAGGGUAUAUAUAUUUGUGGUUUCUAAGAAUGGCAUUCUUGCUGCUGUUCCUAGUCCCCCGAUGCAUACUGUUCUGUAAGGGAUGCGAAGGAACAUAUUUUAAUACCUCUCUUAUGUUUGGCAAAUACAAGUUUUGCACUGUCGCGUAAUAAGUAAAUAUGAAGUGCAUUUUUAUAACCCCCCUUGUGCGAUUCCUACGUUAACGGCACGAAAAAUACCAAAUAUUUUGCUUUCAGUCACCCUCAGCUUCUUUUUGUUUUUUUCUUUGUCAAUUUACCACUAGCCAAAUAUUUUGUCUCUUUAUAUGUGCAGAUAGCAUUUAUUCCACAUAGGCGAUGCUAUUCCUGUGUGAUGUUUCGCCUGUAUUUUAUGAAAAUAUACGUCACUUUACGUCUG